UGCAGUGACGUAACAAAAGUUACACAAGGAGAUACAAAAAAGACCCCAGCAACUUCGAAAAAAUAGAUUCCAAGCCCAAAACUAACGAAGUCUUAAAGGAGGAGAUAGAUAGCUUUGUCCACGGAGAAACCUGGAACCGUCGGUGACGUGUACUCUCCAUCUCUUCUUCCUCUCUUUCAGACUUCCACAACUCGGAUAAACAUCAAAACCCAGAGAAGUUCAAAAGCAUCCGCCUUUUGGGCAAAUUCAUCAAUCAUCAGAGCCAUGUCUUACGAUUACCUCUUCAAGUACAUCAUCAUCGGCGACACAGGUGUGGGAAAAUCAUGCUUGCUUCUGCAAUUCACUGACAAGAGGUUCCAACCAGUCCACGAUCUCACCAUUGGUGUCGAGUUCGGUGCUCGCAUGGUCACCGUCGCUGGACGUCCCCUCAAACUCCAAAUUUGGGACACCGCUGGACAAGAGUCGUUUAGAUCCAUCACCAGAUCCUACUACAGAGGAGCAGCUGGAGCUUUGCUUGUUUACGACAUCACCAGGAGAGAGACGUUUAACCAUCUGGCGAGCUGGUUAGAGGAUGCUCGGCAACAUGCUAAUCCCAACAUGAGUAUUAUGCUUAUUGGCAACAAAUGCGAUCUCGCUCACAAGAGAGCUGUUAGCAAAGAGGAGGGUGAACAGUUUGCCAAAGAGCAUGGACUCUUGUUCUUAGAAGCUUCUGCUAGAACUGCCCAAAACGUUGAGGAGGCCUUCAUAAAGACAGCAGCAAAGAUCCUCCAGAACAUUCAGGACGGUGUCUUUGAUGUAUCCAAUGAGUCAUCAGGCAUUAAGGUGGGCUACGGGCGUCCUCAAGGUGCAGCUGGAGGAAGAGAUGGUACGAUCUCUCAAGGAGGUGGCUGUUGUGGUUAAAAGCGAUCUCACACAUACAUCUGAUGUAAUCUGCUCUGCUGAUUCAGUAACUACUCUUGUUUUUAUUAAUCUCUACAAAUUGAUACAAACAGAAUGUAUAGUUUUCCUUUUCUUUGCUCUAUUUCCCCACGUUGUCUUUACUAAAACAAACUAAACCGGUGCAUUUGAGAAUGUACAGUUGCAACCGAUUCUUUAAUGAAAAUUAGUCAAAAUGAUAGAUAUAACAAUAUAAUUAUUUAUUC